AUGCCGAUUCGCCGCCUCCGCUUUCGUUUUUCCUGGACGACAUGCUCGUGGAGAUCCUCCUCCGCCUCCCGCCGGAGCCCAUCCACCUCUUCCGCGCCUCCUUAGUCUCCAAGCACUGGCGCAGCCUCGUCCACGACGCCCGAUUCCUCCGCCGCUUCCGCGAGUUCCACGGCGGGACGCCUCCCAUGCUCGGCUUCUUCAACAACCACACGCGGUCUCCCCUCUUCAUUCCCACCUCGAGCGGCUUCGUGGCCUCCACCGCUGCCAAGAUGUCCCACGGCGACUGGUGGGCCCACGACUGCCGCCACGGUCACGCUCUCCUGCAAAACCGCUGCACCAGGGCGUUCCUCGUCUGGGACCUCGUGACCGGCGACCAACGCCACCUACCCCUGCCCGCGGCCGAUCUGUGGUUGUGCAACGCCGCGAUUCUUUGUGCGGCUGGUCACGCUGACCGUGGCGACUGCCGUUCCUGCCCGUUCCUCGUGGUGUCGGUGUUCAGUGACCCGAUUGAUUCCGUCGCCUCUGCCUGCACCUACUCGUCGGAGGCUGGUGUCUGGAGCGAGAUCACCUCGAUCGGUAAACAAUUUUCAUUUGUUGACAAUGUGUAACCGAUGCCUUUUGUUGGAAACACAAUCUACUGCUUGUUGGAUGACUGUAUCAUCCUUGAGUUUGAUUUGGAUAACCAUAGAUUGGGUCUAACCAAGGUGCUCCCAUACGACGCUCUUCGUAGCUACGGUAGGCGGAUUCUCAUCAUGCCAACAGAGGAUGGACUGCUUGGUUUGGCCGGAGUCGAAGGACUCAAUCUCCAUCUAUGGUCACUGAUGGCGAGCAUUGACGGCCUGGUAGCAUGGACACACCAAAGGGUCAUUAAUCUCGAGAAUUUUCUUGGGCCAGAAAUGGGGGCAGCAACGCCUGAUUGUUUCGUGGAGGCAAUUGGCUUUUCUGAAGAUGCUGGGGUGAUCUUCAUUUAUGUGCACCCUAGCCUUUACAUGAUCCAUCUCAAGUCCAUGCGGAUCGAGGAGGUGCGAAAGAAAGGGCACUAUUGCAGAAUACUUCCUUACACAAGUUUCUAUGCUCCAGGAAUUACCAUUGGUCGUGCAAUGUCAAACAACAGUUGAGAUGUGAUUAUUCAGUCACAUUUGUGAAGAUGCUUUGUUAGGUAAGGAGGUCAUCAUGUGAUGUUUCUAUUACGCUAUUGCCAUUGUUUUGCUUGCAUGAUUUGAACAUUUUUGCAGCCCAUAUGCAUGAAAAUCAACGGGUCGAUAUUCUCUUCAGUGCUAUACAGAAUAUAGUUGGAACCUUGAACAAUGUGUUUUAGUUCUCUUUUAUCUAGCCCUUAGGAGGCAGCUACAGCUAUCAAAUCGACCUUAUUUAGCUUUUUCUCUUGGAGUUGUGAAACACUUCCUCCUGGAUCUGCGUACUUCAUAGUUCAUUGUGUUGACGUGCUACCACCUUGCAAUUUUAUCAUGUCAGACAAUUUUA